ACGCGGGGCCGCGUGGGCAGGGUGCUGGCGGGGGGAAGCGGAUUGUGGCGGCCGGUUGCGGGGAGGGAGGCUCUGCCAGCGGCACCCGGAGCAGCCCAGCGCCAUGGGGAUGUUCGGCACGAGCCGCCUCUUGCUCGGAGCUGUGAGCUGCACAUUCUUCCUGGCAGCUAACAGCCUAUAUUCAUCCAGUGAUGAUGUGAUAGAGCUAACACCAACAAACUUCAACAACGAAGUCAUUCAGAGUGACAGUUUAUGGCUGGUAGAAUUCUACGCACCAUGGUGUGGUCACUGUCAAAGACUAACUCCUGAAUGGAAGAAAGCAGCGACAGCAUUAAAAGGUGUUGUGAAAGUCGGUGCAGUUGAUGCAGAUAAGCAUCAGUCCCUAGGUGGUCAGUAUGGUGUUCGAGGAUUUCCAACUAUCAAGAUAUUUGGAUCCAACAAGAACAAAGCAGAAGAUUACCAGGGUGGCAGAACAAGUGACGCGAUUGUUGAUGCUGCUUUAAGUGCUCUUCGAUCACUGGUAAAGGAUCGUCUUAGUGGCAGAAGUGGAGGAUAUAGUUCUGGAAAGCAGAGUAGCCGAGAAAGUGGAGGCGGGGAUAAGAAGGAUGUGAUUGAACUGACUGACGACAGCUUUGAUAAGAAUGUUGUGAAUAGUGAUGACGUUUGGCUGGUAGAGUUUUAUGCCCCAUGGUGUGGACACUGCAAAAAUCUGGAGCCAGAAUGGGCAGCUGCUGCCACAGAAGUGAACGAACAAACCAAGGGAAAAGUAAAACUGGCGGCUGUAGAUGCUACAGUGAAUCAGAUGUUAGCCAGCCGGUAUGGGAUCCGUGGAUUUCCCACAAUCAAGAUCUUUCAGAAAGGGGAAGACCCUGUUGAUUAUGAUGGUGGAAGAACAAGAUCAGAUAUAGUUGCUCGAGCUCUGGAUCUUUUUUCUGAAAGUGCCCCACCACCUGAGCUUCUAGAGAUUAUUGAUGAGAAUGUUGUGAAGAGUACCUGUGAUGCCCACCAGCUCUGUGUCAUUGCUGUGUUGCCCCAUAUUCUUGAUACAGGAGCUGCAGGUAGAAAUUCCUACUUGGAAGUCAUGUUAAAAAUGGCAGACAAAUACAAAAAGAAAAUGUGGGGGUGGCUGUGGACGGAGGCUGGAGCUCAGUCUGAGCUUGAAAACUCAUUGGGAAUUGGAGGAUUUGGGUACCCAGCGAUGGCAGCAGUUAAUGCACGGAAGAUGAAAUUUGCCCUCCUGAAAGGAUCUUUCAGUGAACAGGGGAUUAAUGAGUUUCUCAGGGAGCUCUCCUUUGGUCGUGGAUCUACUGCACCAGUAGGUGGUGGGGGUUUCCCUAAAAUUAACACAGUCGAGCCGUGGGAUGGCAAAGAUGGUGAGCUUCCAGUUGAAGAUGACAUUGAUCUCAGUGAUGUGGAUCUUGAAGACUGGGAUAAAGACGAAUUGUGAGAUCUUCAGGAAGUUUCUUUUCUUGGGAGGGUUUGGAACAUUGUUCACAAUCAAAUGGAUAUUCCAGUGGCCUUUUUACAGAGAAGUAGCACUGGGCCAGCCGUCUGCAGCACUGCGACAGUGAACUGUAUGCCUCUCAAGAAAACAUUGCAAAAAUUCUAUGAAUUGUUGUAACCAGUAAAUUUGAUUGUAUUCUGUGUAACAAAUAUUUUGAGGACAACAUUGAUCUUUGAUUACAACACCUUGGUUUUUAUUUUGUCCAUAGAGUGUGUGCUCUUUGAAUGUUUCUGGGGGAUGUUACUGUAACCAGUUUUAAAUGUAAUUUUUUUUUCAUUCAGAUAGAACCUGACCAGCUUCUGUUCCAAUUAAAGAAUAAAACAAGAUAUUUUUGA